UAAAAUCCAAAUCCAACAUUAGCAAAUUUUCACCCUAAAGGGAGCAGAAACUGCGAGUGUGUGACGACUGAGCCAAUUCGAACAGCCCCUCCCUAGUGGAGCAGUAAUCGGCGAGAGAGAGGCUUCAAUUAAAAUUGAAUCGGUGAAAGAAUCGUAUAGAGAGAGAGAGAGAGAGAGAGAAGAGAGAACGUACUCCAUUGUGCAAAAUGUCGUCGGCGACGAACAUAGUGGUUGUGGACAACGGCGGCGGCCUGAUAAAAGCGGGACUGGGCGGCGAGCGCGACCCGUCCGCCGUCCUGCCGAACUGCCUGUACCGCCCUCCCUCCUCGAAGAAGUGGGUCCACCUGGACCCGUCGGCUGAGCCCGACCUGACUUCGGCAGCGGCCCGUCGGCCCAUGGACCGCGGGUACCUGAUAAACCCAGAGCUGGAGCGCGAAAUCUGGGCCCACCUGUUCUCCUCCGUCCUCCGCAUAUCCCCCUCCCAGUCGUCCCUCCUCCUGACGGAGCCCCUCUUCACGCUCCCCUCCAUCCAGCGCUCCCUCGACGAGCUCGUCUUCGAGGACUUCAACUUCCGGUCCCUCUACGUGGCCCACCCCCCCUCCCUCGUCCACCUCUACGAGGCCACGCGCCGCCCCUCCUCCCGCGCCCACUGCAGCCUCGUCCUGGACUCCGGCUUCUCCUUCACCCACGCCUCCCCCGUCCUCCACAACUUCACCCUCAACUACGCCGUCAGGCGCAUCGACCUCGGCGGCAAGGCCCUCACCAACCACCUCAAGGACCUCGUCUCCUUCCGCUCCGUCAACGUCAUGGAGGAGACCUUCAUCAUCGACCACGUCAAGGAGUCCCUCUGCUUCGUCUCCCUCGACGUCCCCCGCGACCUCUCCCUCGCCCGGACCGCCUCCAAGGACAACCUCUUCCGCGCCACCUACGUCCUUCCCGACGGCGUCACGCACACCAAGGGCUUCGUUAAGCACCCGCAUCAGGCUCGCCGCUUUCUUGCUUUGAGCAACCCUUCGCUUGUGGCUGAUCGGGAGAUUCACGACCACCACCUCCAACAAACCGACAACAACGUUGAUCUCACAAAAAAUGAGUUUGACUUAACGAAUGAACGGUUUCUUGUGCCGGAGAUGCUCUUCCGUCCUGCUGAUUUGGGAAUGAACCAGGCUGGGAUAGCGGAAUGCAUUGUGCGUGCUGUUAAUGCGUGCCAUCCGCAUCUUCACCCUGUGCUCUACGAAAGUAUCAUAUUAACGGGUGGAAACACCUUGUUUCCUCAGUUUGCUGAGAGAUUAGAGAAAGAGCUUCGGCCUUUGGUUCCUGAUGACUAUAAUGUGAAGAUAACUGCUCAAGAAGAUCCCAUACUAGGUGUUUGGCGAGGAGGGUCACUUUUGGCAUCGAGUCCAGAUUUUGAAGCAAUGUGUGUUACCAAGUCUGAGUAUGAGGAGCUUGGUUCUGCUAGAUGUCGCAAGAGAUUCUUUCAUUAACUAUGCAUGCUGUCAACAUGGCUACUCCAAUGUUGUAUCUUCCUCACAAGCAAUGUCACACGGCGGAGAAGGCAGUGGAGUGCCAAUUCGGAGAAUAUUGAUUGAACCCGCUGUACAUUAUUGAUUGGUUCAGCCAUUUUUCAGUCCUUGUCUUUCCAACAGAUUCUUACUUGGAACCAAGGUGUGAAUUUUGGAUCAUCAUCUUCUGUGCAAUGAGUUUAUUUGAGAAAUCAUAUAUGUUGUCUACAGGUUUCGGGAGAACAUGAUACUAGGUCAAAGUCCAUAGGAAGGUGGCUUCACUUUUCAUCUGCAACAAGAGCGGCAUGCUUUUGAGGUGCGAUCUAAUGUGAUAUCAGAAGGAUUUAGAUAUUUAUAAAAAAAAAUCCAUUGUCUGGAGUCUGAAGUUAGCCUUAACUAUUUCAUUACUGCCUGCUAUUAAAUGUAUGUAAUUCUGUGAAAUUUUGUGGUUCGUGCUGCUAUUUGACCUUAAGUAGAAUUCUCUCUUUUUAUCCUUCCAAUUCGAGCUGGUUUGAUUAUGGGUUUGAUCAAACUUGGAUUUUCAAUCUGUUGGUCCAAGUCCUUGCUUAAGCCAUUCAAAGUUAAUGGUUUUCUGGGA